AAUCGCCAUUUCAACCUCAACAACCACCACCAUCGUCAUUUUCUCUCUCUACCCACCACCACCAUCGUAGCAACAUAUCACAACAACAAAAAACCACCAGAUCUAACACUACCGUCGAAGUGUUGAAAUCAAACGUCGAAUUUGGGGAAAGGUGAGGGAAGGAGAGGAGUUGGAGGAAAAGAAGGAGAGGAAAGAGAAAGAGAAGAGGAUAGUUGAAAAUUCUAGAAAAUAGAAGGCAAUACCGGUAGGGUGGUGGUGCCGGUAGGGUGGUGUUGGUUUGGCGGUGGCGUCGGCGGGUUGUGUCGUCGGCCAGGUUGGUGCUGGUGGUGUUGAUUUAGUGGGUUGAGUUGACAAGAGUGGGAGUGGGUUAAGGAGAGAGAGAGGUGAUGGGUUAAGUUGAGGAGAGAGAGAGGGUGGUGGGGUGGCUGAGAUGAGUGAGGGGUUGGGUCAUUUGGGUGGGUUGAUUAAUUAGUUGAUUAAUUAGUUCUAUUUAAGUUGGUAAAUGAUAAGUUGAUUAUGUUGUUGGAGAAUUAAGUAAUGGCAAUUCUGUAAAUAAAAAGAAAAAAUCUUUCCAAUUUAAGCUAUGUUGCACUUAUUAUGACAUUUCCUAAAAUGGGAAAUGUUGCACUUAUUUUGAAACGGAGGAAGUAGAAUAUAUCAACAAUGACAUUUUCAUUAUAUUUAAGAUAAAAAGAAGAAGUACUUUCAAAACAUCCUCUAGUUCUAUGUUGAAUUCCUAAAAUAGAAGUUUACAGGAUUGCUAUAUUGCAAUCAUGUACAUGUGAUACACACCAAAAUAUACCAUAAAUUUGGCAAGAUAAAAAAUAUGGAGCUUGAUUCUGAUCUAAUGACAACUAAAACCUUAGACGAUCUUCAUUCUACUGACUUUCGGAUCUCUAAAGAUCGAGCUGGCCAGAUUUUUCUAUGGAGAGAGACCGUAACGAUGUUUAUUUUUACUGCUCAUCUCAGAGGUAGAAGUAUUACACUGUAUGGCUAUAAAAAGGAGAAUAUCAUGAUUGACAUCAACGAAGAUGGAACGCUAAUUUCAAUAAGUGGUGCGAAGAUGGUGCAAGAAAUGGUAAUGAACAGAUGGGUGUUGCAACAAAAAGAACCAAGUGUAAAGGACUUCAGGAAGGUGUUCAGAAUUCCUAGCGCGGUUUUACUGGAUCAGAUCAAGGCCGGUUACAAUGAUGAUGAAUCGACAUUGAAAAUCUACAUGCCGAAGCAAAAUCAGGGCAUAAUCAUAGGAGGUGGGAUUGAAGAAGUUAAGGAUGAAAAGCAAGUUGGUGAAGGAAGUUUUCAAGAGAAACAACUAAGUGAAGAUGUUGAUCAAGGAGAGGAAAUUCGGCAUGAAAGAGACAAAGAAGAAGUUAAUGAUGAAGAAGUAUCAUCAAUUGAUAAAAUCAAAGAGGAGAAAAUAGUUGAGGAAAAUGUAGGAAAUGGUUGUGAAACAGAACAAGGAGAGAAAGGUGAUGAUCAAAAUGAAGGGGAAGAGAGCAAUAAUAAUAAGUGUAAGCUAUUUGCACCUUGUUUUUUUAUUGGAUCCACAUUAGUUGCAUCUUCUGUAAUGAUGCUUGUUAGUUUGAUUAGAUCAAAAAGGAAAUAAGCAUUGGUGUAUCUAAAGUCAUUUAGAACUUAAAGUUUAUGUUACUAGGUGAAAAAUUGUUAUCUUCAGUGUUUCUCCACCAUUUAUAAUUUUGAUUAAGGCUA